CGGCCAAUCGUGUUGGGAGUGGAAGGUCCACAAGGUUCCGGCAAAACAUACUCAUCCAUAAGAAUCAAACAUUCUUUGUCAAAAGCUUACCCCAGCCUUAAUAUUAUCCAAUUCUCCAUGGAUGAUUUUUAUCUGACAUACGAGCAGCAGCUGGCAGUCAAUUUACGCAACAAGGGAAAUGUUUUGUUACAAGGAAGAGGACUUCCAGGAACACACGAUGUUUCACUAUUACUCAAAGUUUUUGAAGAACUCUUGGCAUUUGACGCAAGUCAUUUCCCCAUUCACAUCCCAAUUUACGACAAAUCUGCUCAUAAUGGUAAAGGCGAUCGUCAGCCACCUGCAACGUGGGUGAAAAUAGAGAAGCCUGUAGAUGUCAUCAUUUUUGAGGGUUGGUUCAAUGGAUAUACGUCAAUUCCAAACGAUGAAGACCUUAUCAAAAAGUGGCAUGCCAUAAAGAAAAAGCAGUAUCCGAAAUUUGAGAAUAUCACUGAUAACCAAAUAGUUGACAUCAAUAGAAACCUGGAAAAGUAUGAGGCAAUAUGGAGCCUUUUUGAUCUAUUCAUAUGCAUCAAAACGGCUGCGAUUACCAAUGUCUAUAAAUGGCGACUACAACAAGAAUACGAGUUGAUUCGAGUGAAAGGUAGAGGAAUGAGUGAUGCAGAUGUAGAGCGAUUUAUUGAUAGAUAUAUGCCAAUAUACUAUCUUUAC